UUCACUUUGCCAUAUAAACCAAGAUGGCAGCUUCCAUGAGCAAAAUGUGAGCUCUGGUUACGACUUCUGAUUUCUCUGCUUUUUGAAAAUCAGAUAAGACUUGAAAAACAAGGAUGAAUAAUAAGUACUGUUUAAAAUCUUUGCAGCGGAUUGCUUCUUCAUGUUUUAAUCUGAGGCAGGCUAAAGUACAAUAUUCGUCAUGUCUACAACACCGGUGGACUUGCGCCCAAGCCCACCCCCAAAUUGGGGCCCAAUCAUCGCUUGGCCACCGAGGCCGAUCAUGCACGCCUACCAUCUCCCGUGGAAAUGUUCUGUUCACGGAUAAAACAAGGCAGUGGGAGCAGGUGCUUCAUCCUUACUUUAUCGUCCCUGUUCGGCAAGCAUCCUCCUCCACAGACUUUAGAGAUCAAGAAGGUAGUCGCAUCUCCAAAGCUUAUCUCGGUGACAACUUGGGUAUCUCGGUACAGAAGCAUGAUGGAAAUCGCCUCAUCUAUGAAGUGCGUGGGCAGGCCAUGCUCCGAUUCGUGACCCUGUCGUUCUACGCUACAGCAGCAGUUGGACUGUACCUUGCGCCUGACUUCAUCUCCAGUGCAUUAGACAAUGAUGUCGUCAACACAGAGACAAUCGUCAACCUGACAGCAGUGGGCUUUGCUGUGGUCGGACUUCCAACAUUACUCCGCAUGUUGUCUAAGAGGCUUGUCUUGAAACUGUACCACAAUGAGGCCAGAGAGACGUACAUGGCUGUCACUCAGUCUCUCUUGCUUACAAACAAAUUUACAACUUUUUCUCUUGAAGAUGUGGUGGUGAAAGAGAAUAAAAGCAUUUUGAGCAAAGUUUUCAAUUUGACUACGUUCAAAGCAAAAAAAGACCCUAUGCAUGUGAAUCCGUAUAACUUCAAGCUUCCUAGUGACUAUAAUCAUUUAUUAGGGUACGAUAAAGACUUACAUGCUUGACUGUGGUGGCUUCUAAAUAAGUGAUCUGAAUUUUGGAUUACUUACACGUAACCCCGAGUGAGUGUUUUUUUAAUAUUCAGGGAGCCUUUAUUCGAUUUUUCGUAUAAUCAGCAGACAUGAUUCAUGAAUUAAGUGUUCUUUCAAAAGAGUACCGAAGCGUUCUUUCAAAAGAGUACCGAAGCGAAGACGUCAGUUACCAUGGUGUCAUGGUGGCCUGGUUCUAAACAAAUGAAUUUGGAGCGUGUUUCUCAUACAUGUGCAUGAAGGAGAAAAUGGCUGCUAACAGAAUUUCAUCGCUUGCAACCUCAGAUGGUAAUUUUUGCAAAGACAAAUGUGUAUAGACGAUCAUCAGCUGCAACUCUGUUUAGAACCAGCUGGUUCAUUGUCAUGACAGUGACGUCACACUUCGGUACUCUAUAUAUGCAUUGAACCAGUGUUGAUGUCAAAGCAGUGCACAUGUUUCUUUCAGAAUGAUGCUGCACUGACACUAGAGCUGCUCUGAGGCAAAUGCCUUAAUGUGUACCUUUUGAUUAAACUGUUUAUUCUUAUUCAUGUUUAUUAUACAUCUGAGCAAGUGAAGAAAGUAUCCCCCCCAAAAAAAAAAAAGUAUCUUUUGACUUGAAAUAUUU